AUGACUUCAGAAGAGCUUGAUUACACGGAUGUCGACGUUGACCUGGAUGCCGCCAUUCCUCCAAGGGAUCCGGUUUCUCGAGUUGAUGGAAUUUCAGACAUAUCAUCUGAGCUUACCGUCAGCGAAAUAACAACUAGCGAAAAUCUACACGCUUCGUCCGUCGUAACUACUUCCAACUCGUCUCAUUAUCCCCCCGAAUUCGUCCGCACGUAUCCGGACGGCGACCGCGAGGUGCUCAUACAGUUCGAUGUCUCACGCGUCUCGAAGAGAUGGUCCACCCUCAGAUCGCCAUAUGCGCGCGAUAUCGAUUGUCAACCUACUACUGCCAUCGCAAAUGAGGCCAGUGCAGAUCUUUCAACGUCGGGGGGCCUGAAAAACGCCGACGACAACGAAAAAGCAGCCGAUGCCCUGGCCCGCGUCAUCACGAAAUCCGACUUCGAGACCAUGGAUGUUCUCGGCCAAUUCAACCUCGGAUUCAUUAUAACGCGGCGUCGUCAGUGGCAGACCAACGAUCACGAAGCCGAUGUUGAGAACAAGCCCUUCAGCGAUGACUUGUUCAUCAUUGACCAGCAUGCAGCGGACGAGAAGUAUAACUUCGAGACAUUGCAACAGACGACCAAGAUUCAGUCACAGAGGCUAUUCCGUCCAAGACCACUCGAAUUGACAGCGGCAGAUGAAUUGGUCGUCACCGAAAAUAUAGAGGUUCUACGCCAGAACGGUUUUGACGUUGCGGUGGACGAGAAUGCCUCCUUCGGGCAAGGUAGAUUGCAGUUGGUAGCGCAGCCUGUUAGCAAAAACACCGUGUUCGACAUGAAAGACCUCGAGGAGCUUCUGCACCUCAUGCAAGAUCGGCCCACUGGACGGAUGGUUAGAUGUUCGAAGGCGCAGGCUAUGUUCGCGAGUCGCGCCUGUAGAAAGAGCGUCAUGAUUGGCGACCCCCUCACCAGGAAGCAGAUGCGUUCUGUUGUACGCCAUAUGGGGACGAUGGACCAGCCAUGGAACUGUCCUCACGGUCGGCCCACUAUGAGACAUUUGUCUGACCUUCGGGCUCUCGAGGAGAAGCACGCCAACGCUGUAAACAGAACGAUUGAUUGGCAGGCGUUCGAAUGA